CGGAGGAGAGCAAGCCGGAGAGGCAGAGAAACUAACUGUAAACCCAAGUUGCCCCGCCGGCUUCCCCUCACUUCGCUGAGGAAUGAAACCUUUCCAGCUUGAUCUGCUGUUCAUCUGCUUCUUCCUUUUCAGCCAAGAGCUGGGCCUCCAGAAGAGAGGAUGCUGUCUGGUGCUAGGCUACAUGGCCAAGGACAAGUUUCGGAGAAUGAAUGAAGGCCAAGUGUACUCCUUCAGCCAGCAGCCCCAGGACCAGGUGGUGGUGUCAGGGCAGCCAGUGACACUGCUAUGCGCCAUCCCUGAAUAUGAUGGCUUCGUUCUGUGGAUCAAGGAUGGCCUGGCAUUGGGCGUGGGCAGAGACCUCUCAAGUUACCCACAGUACUUGGUGGUAGGAAACCACCUGUCAGGGGAACAUCACCUGAAGAUUCUGCGGGCAGAGCUGCAAGAUGAUGCUGUGUACGAAUGUCAGGCCAUCCAGGCCGCCAUCCGGUCCCGCCCUGCACGUCUCACUGUCCUGGUGCCACCCGAUGACCCUGUCAUCCUGGGGGGGCCCGUGAUCAGCCUGCGAGCAGGAGACCCCCUCAACCUCACCUGCCACGCCGACAAUGCCAAGCCUGCAGCCUCCAUCAUCUGGUUGAGAAAGGGAGAGGUCAUCAAUGGGGCCACCUACUCUAAGACCCUGCUGCGAGAUGGCAAGCGUGAAAGCAUUGUAAGCACCCUCUUCAUCUCCCCCGGUGACGUGGAAAAUGGACAGAGCAUCGUGUGCCGUGCCACCAACAAAGCCAUCCCUGGCGGCAAGGAGACUUCUGUCACCAUCGAUAUUCAGCACCCCCCACUUGUCAACCUAUCUGUGGAGCCACAGCCAGUGCUAGAAGACAAUGUCGUCACAUUCCACUGCUCAGCAAAGGCCAACCCAGCUGUCACCCAGUACAGGUGGGCCAAACGGGGCCAAGUCAUCAAGGAGGCAUCUGGAGAGGUUUACCGGACCACUGCAGACUACACGUACUUCUCAGAGCCAGUCUCCUGCGAGGUCACCAACGCCCUGGGCAGCACCAACAUCAGCCGCACUGUCGACGUCUAUUUUGGGCCCAGGAUGACCACUGAGCCUCAAUCUCUGCUGGUGGACCUGGGCUCUGAUGCUGUCUUCAACUGCGCUUGGACCGGCAACCCAUCCCUGACCAUCGUCUGGAUGAAGCGGGGCUCCGGCGUGGUCCUGAGCAAUGAAAAAACCCUGACCCUCAAAACUGUGCGUCAGGAGGAUGCUGGAAAGUAUGUAUGCCGAGCAGUGGUGCCCCGGGUCGGGGCCGGAGAACGAGAGGUGACCCUGACUGUCAAUGGACCCCCCAUCAUCUCCAGCACCCAAACCCAGCAUGCCCUCCAUGGGGAAAAAGGCCAGAUCAAGUGCUUCAUCCGGAGCACGCCGCCACCGGACCGAAUUGCCUGGUCCUGGAAGGAGAACGUGCUGGAGUCAGGGACAUCAGGGCGCUAUACAGUGGAGACAGUCAGCACUGAGGAGGGUGUCAUUUCCACCCUGACCAUCAGCAACAUCGUGCGGGCCGACUUUCAGACCAUCUACAACUGCACCGCGUGGAACAGCUUUGGCUCUGACACAGAGAUCAUCCGGCUCAAGGAGCAAGGUUCGGAAAUGAAGUCGGGAGCCGGGCUGGAAGCAGAGUCUGUGCCAAUGGCAGUCAUCAUCGGGGUGGCCGUAGGAGCUGGCGUGGCCUUCCUCGUCCUCAUGGCAACCAUCGUGGCCUUCUGCUGUGCCCGCUCCCAGAGAAAUCUAAAAGGUGUUGUGUCAGCCAAAAAUGAUAUACGAGUGGAGAUUGUCCACAAGGAGCCAGCCUCUGGCCGGGAGACUGAAGAGCACCCCACCAUCAAGCAGCUGAUGAUGGACCGGGGUGAAUUCCAACAAGACUCUGUGCUAAAACAGCUGGAGGUCCUCAAAGAAGAAGAGAAGGAAUUCCAGAAUCUGAAGGACCCCACUAAUGGCUAUUACAGUGUCAAUACCUUCAAAGAGCACCACUCGACUCCCACCAUCUCACUGUCCAGCUGUCAGCCAGACCUGCGCCCUGCAGGCAAGCAGCGAGUGCCCACAGGCAUGUCCUUCACCAACAUCUACAGCACCCUGAGUGGCCAGAGCCGCCUCUACGACUACGGGCAGAGGUUCGUGCUCGGCAUGGGCAGCUCAUCCAUCGAGCUCUGCGAGCGGGAGUUCCAGAGGGGCUCCCUCAGCGACAGCAGCUCCUUCCUGGACACGCAGUGUGACAGCAGCGUCAGCAGCAGCGGCAAGCAGGACGGCUACGUGCAGUUCGACAAGGCCAGCAAGGCCUCCGCGUCCUCCUCCCACCAUUCCCAAUCCUCUUCCCAGAACUCCGACCCCAGCCGGCCCCUGCAGCGGCGGAUGCAGACUCAUGUCUGAGGGUCACAGACCAUGGGAGGGAGAGGGAGGGCCAGGGAAGAGG